GACGGGGUCCUCUCACUCUCGGGCACAGAGAGCAGGUGGUGGGACGCGAUCCUGUCUGCAGUGUGACACUCAGCAUUAUCAACGAAAAUGUACUAUAAGGUCAGCGGAGUCACUGGGAAAUUAACGGGAACCACGGCGGCGUCCGCUUACAGCCCGCAGGGGCUGAAGGCCACAGUUCCCUCUCAAGCUCCGCCCAUGAUCUUUGCAGUACCAACCAAGGUUGUUUCAGAGACCGGCUCAGUGGCACACUACAUGGGAAUCAACAAAGUUCCUGAGCUGCAGAAGAUUUUCCAGAAAACUGAUGGAGCACCGGUUCACCUGAAGCGUGGAGUCAUGGACAAGAUGCUGUAUAGGACCACAAUGGGCUUGACAAUUGGCGGCACCCUCUACUGUUUAAUGGCUCUCUAUAUUGCUGCCCAGCCCCGAAAACCACAGUGACCCACCCUGCCUCUGCCCUUGUAAUUGUUAAAUAUAUUGCAAUUAUUAUGGUUGGAGUGAUGACAGAUUUUUGUCAUUUUGCUCUAAAAGACUGUGACAGAAUUUUUUUAUUUACACCAGUAUUUUGAUUUCACUCACUGGUUAUACAAGUACAUCUAGAUCAAUCUGAGAAGCAUCUGAUUUCAUUUCAUAUGUACAUUUAUUACAUAAGAGUUUAUUGUAUCUGGUUUGGUCGAUCACUAUGUUCUCAUGGGGCCAUCUGAUGAGAACCUCUUUCUAGACAGUAGAACCUUUACCUUGACAGUCUGUUUUUUUACAAUCAGGGAUAUUGAAAUAAUGCACACACUGAUGUACUGACCUAUUCGCGUCACCUCAUAUCUUUUGAGUAAAUGACAGAAAGCUUGUCAACCUGUAAAUGAAGUCCUUGCAAUUUGUGUCUAGCAGAAUAAAUAUAUUUUGUUUGUAAAAAGUGAA